AUGCUGGACGUCCCAAGACCUGGCAUGGCCCGCCAAACAUCCCUUCUGGGUGUUCCCGGAACCAACAAAGCAAGAGUUAUCCAGAAGGAUGACAGCAAUGGCUAUAAUAAAACCGUUUUCUCUGGAAAAGAGCAGCAAAUGGCUGAGGUUAUGGCGGCAUUGCACACCCAGGGCUUCGUGCCCGAGUCUCUGAUCGAGAUGGAAACCAACUGGUUCUACUCUCAGCUCGGAAUCGACGACCUGUACUUUGCCAACGACUCGGUUGAGAACAUCGCCUCGUACGUUCUUUCGCUGUACGCCGCUAAAGUCCAGGCCUACGCUCGCAGCGACCACAAACUCGAUAUCCGCCUCGAACGCGAGAGCGACGACCGCGCCGUCUUCAUCCACACCUCCACCCCUGGUGUGUCUUCGUUGGAGGGCCCGCGCUACGAAGAUCUUAUUGACAAGAAGUACAUCAGCCCCUCGGUUCCCGAAAAGGCUUUCCGUCUCGAGACAUUCCGCUCCGCUUCCGCCUUGGAGGACAAUGGUGACCCGCAGCACCUCCGUUGCUACUUUGUCAACCAGUGCGACUUCUUCAACACCACCCCCAACCAGAAUGAGACUGAUUUGAAGACCCUUUCUGACAAGACUUUCUGGGAAAAAUCCACUGAGCAUACCAAGCGUAUGUACCAAGAUAUCAUGUCCCAGGUUGUUCGUCGUAUGGGUCCUGUUAUCGAGCUCAUGGAGGUCGAGGAUUCCCAAGAAUACCGCCUGGUUAUCGGACACCACCAGAACUCUACCCCUGGCUACUUUAGCGCAUUGAGCCAUUUGUACCACUACUACGGUGUUACCUCCACCCGUAAGUACGUUGAGCAGUUCUCCAACGGUAUCACCAUUGUGUCUCUCUACUUGGUUCCUGCUCCGUCUAGCGUCAUCAUCCGCGGCCACAAGAAGCCUCCGUUUGCCAACGCCAUUUUCCAAAUCCUCCGUGAGGCAUCGCUGCUUUACUGCUUGCCCAACUCUGUUUUCUCCGACGAGCUGGCUCGUGGUGAUCUGUCGCUUCAGGAGGCCGUAUAUGCCCACUGCGGUUUCAUUUUCGUCUCCCACUUCCUGAACCGUUUGGGUGCCGAGUACGAGACUUUGAUGAGCAUCAUCGAUGUCGGCGACUCUGCUAAUCGUGAAUUGAUGGAGCGUCUCAAGCGCCGUCUUCGUGGUGAGACGUUCACUCGUGAAUUCAUUCUGGAGCUGCUGCGUUCGCGUCUCGAUGUGCUCCACGAGUUGUACCUGCACUUUGCAAACACCCACUACGUGCAGAGCUCUGGUGCCGAUGAGUUCUUGCCCACUCUGUCUUACCAGCGCUUGCAGACCACCGAGGUCUACACCACCGAGGAGUUGGCCCACCGCAUCACCAAGAACACCACUGAUGAACACGAGUUGAUUGUUUUGCAGGCUUUGUUGCGGUUCAAUUCUCAUGUGCUCAAGACCAACUUUUACACUCCCACCAAGGUUGCCUUGUCGUUCCGUUUGGAUCCUUCUUUCCUGCCUACCAGCGAGUACCCCCAGCCUCUGUACGGUAUGUUCCUCGUUGUCGGACAGGAAUUCCGUGGAUUCCAUCUUCGUUUCCGUGAUGUCGCUCGUGGUGGUAUCCGUAUUGUGCGCUCUCGUAACAAGGAGGCAUACUCUAUCAACGCCCGCUCGCUGUUUGAUGAGAACUACAAUCUUGCCAAUACCCAGCAGCGCAAGAACAAGGAUAUUCCCGAGGGUGGCUCUAAAGGUGUCAUUCUUCUUGACAUGGCUCACCAGGACAAGAUGACCCUGGCAUUCGAGAAAUACAUUGAUUCUAUCAUUGACUUGUUGAUUCCCGGUCAGACUCCUGGUAUUAAGGAAGCCAUUGUCGAUUUGUACGGCAAGGAGGAGAUCCUGUUUAUGGGUCCUGACGAGAACACUGCCGGCUUGGUCGACUGGGCUACCCAGCACGCUCGGGCCCGUGGUGCCCCCUGGUGGAAGUCUUUCUUCACCGGCAAGUCGCCUACCGUUGGUGGUAUCCCCCACGACGAGUACGGCAUGACUUCGCUCUCGGUUCGCGAGUACGUCAAAGGCAUUUACCGCAAGUUGGAUCUCAACGACAAGCAGGUCUUCAAGUUGCAGACUGGUGGGCCUGACGGUGAUUUGGGCUCUAACGAGAUUCUUUUGUCUACCCCUAACGAGACCUACGUUGCUAUUGUCGAUGGUUCCGGUGUUCUUGCUGACCCCAACGGUUUGGACAAGACCGAGCUUGUUCGCUUGGCCAAGGCCCGCACCAUGAUUUCCGGCUACGAUGUUUCCAAGUUGUCGCCCCAGGGUUAUCGUGUGCUGAUUGACGACAACGACGUCACUCUGCCCAGCGGCCAGGUUGUUGUUUCUGGUGUCGCUUUCCGUAACACCUACCACAUCGAGGCCAGCAGCAUGCACAAGAUUGACAUCUUUGUUCCUUGCGGUGGUCGUCCCGAAGCUAUCAACCUUGCUAAUGUUCACAAGUUGAUUAACGAGAAGAGCGGACGUACUAACAUCCCUUACAUUGUUGAGGGUGCCAACUUGUUCAUUACGCAGAGCGCCAAGCUGGAGCUCGAGGCCGCUGGCUGUGUCAUUUUCAAGGACGCCUCGGCCAACAAGGGUGGUGUCACUUCCUCUUCCCUGGAGGUUCUGGCGUCUCUUGCCUUUGACGACAAGGGAUUCUUUGACAACAUGUGUGUUCCCAAGAGCGGCAACUUGCCUGAGUUCUACAAGCGCUAUGUGCGUGAGGUCCAGUCUCGCAUCCAGAGCAAUGCUGACCUUGAGUUUGAGGCUAUCUGGCGCGACCACGAGCUGACCGGCAAGCCUCGCAGUGUUUUGUCCGAUACGCUUUCUAUCGCCAUCAACGAGCUCAGCGACGAGCUUUCGGAAUCUAGCCUGUGGCAGGACGUUGAGUUCCGCAACGCCAUUCUGCGCCAGGCACUACCCAACGAGCUGAUCAGUACCAUCGGCAUCGACACGAUUCUUACGCGGGUUCCUGACGCCUAUCUGCGGGCCAUCUUCGGCUCGUACUUGGCUGGCCGCUACAUCUACGAGAAGGGAACUGCUGCCAACCAGUUUGCUUUCUUCGAGUUCAUGGUUGCCAUGCGUCAAAAGAUCGUUCAGUAA